AUGAUGAACGUCACAAGCAAUGGCUAUUACACAACCCAAUAUCUAAACCAACAACAAAGACAACAAAGACAACGUUUUCAAUACGCUCACAAGGAUAAUUACCAAACUCCACGAACACCUCAUGAGAACCUACAAGGUUUUGAAACGGAUGAUAGGGCACCAAUUAUGCGAAACGUCCGUCCUAAACGUGACCCGCCUACCAGCCUGCACUCAAAUGACUCACCUAAAGCAAGUAGUGCUAAUCCAUCCAAGCCAAUAAUUGAAGCUGAAGUGGCUCCAGAGGAUCAACUUGGAUCAGAGCCCACUCCAGCGGAAUUGAAAAAGAUUCAUGAUAACAACAUAUUAGUUACGCCUAUUGAGCGUACAAAGUUGUUGCAAGAAAAUCAGAAAAGAAAGCUCCCCUCACGAGAGAAUAAAAACAAUGACUACUACUUGAAGCAAAAACAACGUUAUGACGAAGCAGAGGAGGUUAAGCCCAAACUUUAUACUCAUAAAACUUUCCGUGAAGUAUUCAUUAAUAAGGAAGAGCCACAACACAAGUAUAAUCCUAUAGAUACAGUAUUUGAACAAAGUGAUGAUGUUGCUGGAACAAAAGGCACCAAUGCCAAACUUGCAACAUUUUUAAAGAGUAUCAAAGUUGUAAAAUCCGACUACAAUGAUUACAAUUAUUACGAUCAUCGAAGGAGGAAAAGCGGAAGAGAUGUCUUUGUGAAUGAGGUGAGCGACGAUGAUGAUGACGAUGACGAUGCAGAAGAGGCAGCGAGCCUACAAGAAGCUAGCCAAGUUGGUGAUCGUGGGAGCACACCGAAAAGGAGGAGUAAGAAGAAGAAAACAUUAAAAACCAUAUGGAAAAACAAGGUCAAUCGAGCUAAGAAAGAAUUGGGAAGAGAUUUUGAUUCGCAUAUUAGUGGGAACAGAGAGCAAGAUGUCUUGGCUGAGAUAUCAUCAUCAUCAAGUGAGAAUAUUCCCGAGUCUAAUCAGAAAGGAAAUGAUACAGUAGCUAAAACUGGAAACGAGUUUGCAAUUACUUCGAUGGUCUCACUGAGUUUUAGUUAUUUAUGGUCAUGGUAUGAUUUUUAUCACAACAAAAGUCCAAGUGAUCAGUCAGUACCAGGACAGAGUCGAGAUAAGGCAAUGGUUCCUGCAACAACUUUGUUUUCUACACAUAUCAAUGACAAUGUCGGGACACAGUCGCCUCAUAAACUGAAAGGUCAAAAACGGGCCAGGUUUGCCAAUGGUUCAAGACAAUUAUUCACAAAUUGGAACCAACCAGCCAAGCACAUGUUUCAAAGUGACACUACCGCAAGAAGAAAUACUCAUCGAGUAAUCUACCCGAAAAAGAGCGAUACAUCCUCCUUGAUCUCUUCCUCACCCAGUGAAUUCAUUGUUGAAUACGAUUCAAGUGAUGAAGAUUCAAUAACACAAGAGCUAUAUUAUAACCCACAAACAAAACAGCUCGAGGCUCAACCACCAACUUCAUUCCAAUCCAUGAUAACAACGAGCAAAAGCAGUAGCAGCAACAGCAGUACCAGUGACUUCACAAAUGACUCCAUAUCUCCAUUAAACACAGUCAGCAACUUGCUCGAUUUGAUCAAACAAAUACACAUUAUGCAAUUGAUUUAUACACCAAUUGACUUUAUUGGUGGAUACUUCCCACAGUUGCAAACAUUGAUUAUCGUUUUGGAGUUGAUAUUGUUUGUUUGGAUCUUGUAUGAAGUGAGUCGAUUGGUUGAUGCUUUGUGUAUGAUGGUGAGAGCUUUUUGCUCGCCUAUGAUUGCCGUUGGUAGGUUUAUGAAUAAAAUCAUGUAA